CAGUAUAUAUAUUUUCCCCUUUCGCAUCCUUCAUUCUUCUCGUCUCCACACCCUCGCUCCGACCCACCAACCCGAACCAUAGCUUUGGAACCCAUUUCUUAACCUAACACCGUUACAGUUAUGGGAACCGAGAGUUACACUUACAUGGGACGCAGUUUCAACGAAUUCACAAUCAACGACGAUUCCAGUUCCUCUGCUUUCAGCGACUGUAACAGCGAUAGAUCCGGGGAAUUCGCCACCACUUCUUCACAAUCCCGACGACUCCUCAUCUCCUGUGCUUCCGAAAACUCCGAUGAUUUCAUCCGUCAACUUGUUUCCGAUCUUCACUCUUCUUCAAUCGAAGACCAGAAACAAGCCGCCAUGGAAAUUCGAUUACUUGCUAAAAAUAAACCAGAAAAUCGAAUCAAAAUAGCAAAAGCCGGCGCAAUUAAACCAUUAAUUUCACUCGUUUCUUCGCAAGACCUUCAACUUCAAGAAUACGGCGUCACCGCGAUUUUGAAUCUCUCUUUAUGCGACGAGAAUAAAGAGCUAAUAGCUUCUUCUGGAGCGAUUAAGCCUCUAGUUAGAGCCUUAAACUCAGGAACUUCAACGGCGAAGGAGAACGCCGCGUGUGCGCUGCUUCGUCUAUCGCAGGUGGAAGAGAACAAGGCGGCAAUUGGAAGGUCCGGCGCCAUUCCGUUACUAGUGAAUCUUCUAGAAACAGGCGGAAUCCGCGCUAAGAAAGACGCGUCGACGGCGCUGUACUCGCUGUGCUCAGUGAAGGAAAACAAGAUGAGAGCCGUUAAAGCGGGAAUCAUGAAGGUUUUGGUUGAGUUGAUGGCGGAUUUUGAAUCAAAUAUGGUGGAUAAAUCGGCGUACGUCGUGAGUGUGUUGGCGUCGGUGCCGGAGGCGAAGGUGGCGCUGGUGGAAGAAGGUGGCGUACCGGUGUUGGUGGAGAUCGUUGAAGUUGGAUCGCAGAGACAGAAAGAAAUAGCGGCAGUUAUUCUGUUACAGAUUUGUGAGGAUAGCGUGGCAUAUCGAACCAUGGUGGCUCGUGAAGGUGCGAUUCCUCCUUUGGUUGCUUUGACGCAGUCCGGUACCAAUCGCGCAAAACAAAAGGCUGAGAAACUAAUUGAGCUUCUGCGGCAACCAAGAUCUACACGUAGUACAUCAGAAAUUAUGAUAGCAUAAACCCCACCAAUUAUGGUGCUAGGUGCCAAUCCCACACGUGCGUGUUUAGGUGUAAACACAACGGCUAUUACAAUGAAUUGGUCUUCAAAGAGAGACAAAGAGAUCAACUUUGUAAAUAUCUUCUUUAACAGAUAAGCUUUGUAAAAAUUUGUGGUGUAAAUGAUACGAGUUUGAGUUUGGUUUGCUUGUUCGGGCUUUAAAGAAUAAUUACUUUAUAUUAUAUCAACAAAAAAGAAUAAAAUGCUUCUGGUUUUCUUUUUCCUUUUCAA